UUCUUCCUUCCAAAUUCAGCGGCCAAUGGUUUGCCUAUGAAAAGCGGCCAACAGUUUGCGGGCCUCUCCCUCUCUCCGGGUCCUUCAUGGCAAGCGGGACUUGCCGAACUCCCUUCUGCUCCGCCGCUCCCCUCAGUCUCUGCGCAAGACGUGCCUCGCAGGCCGACAUCCCAUCCGGCCGUGCCUGGACUUCGCAGGCGCUUCUAACUCGGAGACGCGGGCAAGCAGUCUCCGGCGUGGCUCAAGCGGGGGCUCCUUUUCGUCCACGACGCAGAGCCUGUGCUAUGCCUUGCCGAGCCACCAGAGGCGCUGCUCGUCUGCCCAGCCUGGUAGCCGCGGAGUCACGGAGAAGCCGCCCGGAGCUGCGGCUUUCCCGAGCCCAGCGGGCCAUGAGUUCGCGGGAGGUCGAGCUGGGCUUCGCUGAAGAGGCAGUGGCUCGCUGGCGGCUGAGCAGGGAGCAGUUCCCCUCCAAGGUAGGCGGAAGGCCGGCUUGGCUGGGCGAGAGUGGCCUGCCCGGCCCGGUCGAGCUGCGGUGCGGCGUGUGCGGACAGCCAUGCGCCUUCCUCCUGCAGCUCUACGCACCUUUGCCUGACCGGCCGGACGCCUUCCACAGGAGCCUCUUCCUUUUCUCCUGCCGCCAACCCGCCUGCUACCGACCCAUCGGCCAAGCCCCGGGCAGCCUGAGAGUUUUUAGGAAUCAGUUACCAAGGAAGAAUGACAUUUAUUCUUACGAACCUCCACCUGAAGAGCCACCACCGGAAGAAGAGCCUUGUGCAAUUCUGCAGCUGAAAUGUGGAAUGAAACUGUGCAAAGUCUGUGGUUGUUUGGGUCCCAAAGCAUGCUCUAAAUGUCACAAAGCUUAUUACUGUAGCAAAGACCAUCAGGUUAGAGAUUGGAAAGCAGGGCACAAGCUAUCUUGUACACAAUCAGAAAAGAUGGAUAUUGAAAUACCAGAUCAUACCUUUCUUUUCCCCGAGUAUGAAAUUUUAAUAGAGCCUGAAGAAAUGAAAUCCUCCAAUGUUGAUGAAACCGAACAGGAAGAUCUGGACACAAAUAAAGAUUCAGCAUCCGCUGAUAAUACUUAUGAAGCAGCUGAAUCCCUAGAUGAAAACAUGUUAGAGACAAUGGCAAAGCAUGAAACUGAAGAUGACAAGAUUUUUCAAAAGUUUAAAGAAAGAACAUCUUUGGCACCAGAACAGAUUAUCAGAUAUUGCAGAGAUGGAGAAGGUCCCAUCUGGAUUUCAGGAGAAAAUAUUCCUUCUGAGACAGAAAUCCCAAAUUGUGUGUGUGGUGCUAAAAGAGUAUUUGAAUUCCAGGUUAUGCCACAAUUGCUGAAUUACCUAAAAGUUGAUAGCCUUGGAGAAAGCAUUGACUGGGGAACAGUUGCUAUCUACACCUGUGCUGAUAACUGUAACUUGGGCAACCAGUAUACUGAAGAGUUCAUUUGGAAGCAGGACAUAUCAAGCUCUGUUUAAUUUCUACAAACCUCAAUUUCAACUGGAUCCUUUUUAAAAAAAAUUAUAUUGAAAUACUGUCAGAGCAAGCCUACAGCUGUGUUAUUCUUGAACAUUUGCAUUAAAACACGGAAUGUAAUAGGCAGAAUAAAUUUCCACUUCCAUUGUAAGGCAGUUAGCAGAUUGCCUAAUAGUUGUAAAAAUAGGCCUUCAUGCUUCAAUAAGCUAUUUCUAAUAAAAUACUGUCAAGGUGAGAUAA